AUGCGCACAGACAUGUUUACAAGAGAAAAUGGGGACCGACCAUCUGUGCCAAAUAUUGCCAUCAUCCUUACGGAUGGUGUUUCAAAUGUCAAUGCUUUUGAAACAAUACCUCAGGCAAAGACUGCUCGUGCCGAAGGAAUACAAAUUUAUGCUAUUGGUAUUGGUUUGGCUGAUACAAAAGAGUUGGAUGGAAUUUCAUCAAAACCAAUUCAGAAAUAUCGCUAUACAGUGAGGGAAUUUGAUGAGCUGAAAGAUUUGAAGCAGAAAAUCUUUGCAAAGUUCUGUCCAGGCCGAAAACCAGCCAAACCAUCUCCAAGUGAAGUAGAGACUGGUCAGGAUAUAAUUUUGAUGUUGGAUACCAGUGUUGAUAUUUCUCUCUUCCAAUGGAUGAUUGCAUUUGCUCGUGCUUUUACUGGUCAAGCUGAUGUGAACUCUGGCCAAAUGAGAAUUGGUCUGAUGGUAUUCAGUGAUGAACCAUAUGUCGAAGCACAACUUAAUUCCCAUAUGAAUCAGGCUGAUCUCUUGCAAGUGGUUGAUUCUCUCCCUCACAAGAAAGGAAAAUCAGAUAAGGCUCGGGCUUUCAGGAAAGUCACUACACAAAUGUUUACACCAAUUAAUGGUGAUCGCCCAAAAGCUGCCAACAAGAUCAUCCUUCUGACUGGGGCCAAAACCGCUGACUCGGCUAGGGUGAAGGAAGAAGCUAGAUUGGCCAAAGAAAAUUCUGGAGCUGAAGUCUUUGUGUUAGGCCUAAAUGCUUCAAAUCCUGAAGAACUUAAUGCCAUUGGUUCAUUGCCAACUGAUGAACAUGUCUUCCUCUUUAAAGAUCCUUCUGUGGUACUAAGAGAAACUGCAAGACUCUUGGACAAAAUACAAGAAGAAUAUAUUCCCCCAGUACCAAAACCAACCCCAGCUACUACCACAACUCGCCGUACGAAACCUCCUAAGCCAACACCCAGAAGAACAACCCCAAGAAGAACAACACCAAGAAGAACAACACCAACCACCACUACAACCAGACGUACUACCACCACCACUACUACUCGGCGACCUACUCCACCCAGAGUUUACCGACCCUCAGAAUGCACCUCCAAAUCAGAUAUUCUUUUCAUUGUCGACUCAUCUGGCAGUGUUGGUGAUGAAGAUUUCCGUAAAGAGUUGGACUUUGUCUAUCGUACAAUUGAUAGUCUUGAUAUUGACUCAGGACUGUACAAUGUUGGCCUGAUCAGUUUCAGUGACCAGGCUCGAAUUGAAUUCUACUUGAAUUCUUACCUCAGCAAAGAAGAGCUUGAGAAUGCGACUGCUUCUGUGAAGUAUGUCUAUGGAUCAACUCACACUGCCAUGGCAUUCCGUGUUGCACGAGAAGCCAUUUUUACUGAAGUUAAUGGUGAUAGACCAGAUGCUCCUAACCUGAUUAUUAUGAUCACUGAUGGACAAUCUAAUAUUAAUCAUGAGGAAACUUUGCCACAAGCUCAAAUGCUGAAAGAUAGUGGUGUAACUAUCUUGACUGUGGCUAUUGGCUUUACCACACAUACUGAUGAACUUAUUGGUAUGACAUCUAAACCAGUUCAAGAAAAUCUUUUCUAUGUUGACCGUUUCAGUGGACUUGAAGACUUGCAUACUAAAAUUGUGGAACCCAUUUGCAAAGACCGAAAUCACUGUGAAAACAACCCUUGUAAAAAUGGUGCUGAAUGUUAUGACACUCUGCGUGAUUAUAUUUGCAUAUGUGCUGAAGGAUAUUUUGGCCCUGACUGUGAGAAAACCUGUCCUCAGCCAGCUGAUAUUGCCUUCGUCUUUGACACUUCAUCUUCUGUUGGAAUUAAUGCAUUCAACCAAAUGAAAUCAUUUGUUGAGAAUCUAAUACGAGAUCUUGAAGCUGACAAAUGUGAUCACCACAUUGCUGUGAUGAAAUACAGUUCUCGUUCCAUUGUUGAAUUUAGUCUAAACCGUUAUAAUAACCCAGAAUCAAUGAUCAGAGCUAUCAAUGGCAUGUCUUAUACCAGAGGACAUGCUAAUAUGGCCAAUGCUAUGAAAGCUCUCCGACAGCGGAUUUUCAAUGGACAAAAUGGAGACCGUCCCACUGUAAAGAAUAUUGCCUAUCUGCUGACUGAUGGUCAAGUGGAUAUUGCUAAAGAAGAAACUCUCAGUCAAGCUGAACUGACCAUCUCCUCAGGAAUCCAUGUGGUACCAAUUGGUUUUGAUUUACGUAACAGAGAGGAAGUUGAUUCCAUUGCAGCAUCACAGGGUAUCAAAUCUGUAGAGAUCCUCUCUGCUUCUGAUGUUGGAAGCCUCAGUGAAUCUCUACUCUAUGCUGUAUUUGACUCUGAGGAUCGCUGCAAUCCUAAUCCUUGCUCCAAUGGAGCUACCUGCAUUAAUCAGGCUCUUAGUUUCAGGUGUGAAUGUAUCCUUGGCUAUUCAGGAGAAACUUGUGAAAAACGAUGUGAAUCAGAAGCAGAUGUUGUGUUUGUUGUUGACACAUCCCGCUACAUUCCUCAAAGAUUGUUGAAGCAAGUGAAACGUAUGUUGCGCAGAACGAUCAAACGUUUGUCUUUCAAGAGCAAGAACAUGAGGGUUGGCCUUGUUUCAUUUGAUGAACAAGCAAGAGUCAGACUGUAUUUGGGUAACGGAGAUAGAAAACGCAAUGUCCUUGCAGCCAUUUCAUCUUUAAGGCCAGGCCAAACUAAUCCAAACCCAGGAAAUGCUCUACGUCUUGCAAACCAGCGCCUGUUUGAUUCUAGUAAUGGUGACCGCAGGGAUGUACCUAACUACGUUGUCCUUGUCACAAAGAGUGCACGUGAUUUAGAUAGUAUGGUUGCUCAAGCAUAUCACCUCAAAAUGAAAGGAACCAGAAUCAUUGCCAUUGCUCUUACGGGUACCACAGCAUCAACUGCAGUUGAUCUCAGUGAGAUUGUUUCCUUGCCAGUAGAAAAGAACAAAUACAUCAUUCCCAAUAACACUGAAGAUCAUGAAAUCUUUGACAUCAUUGAGAAUCUUGUAGAAGUAGUUUGCUAUGAAAGAGCUUGCUUGUAUAGUCCUUGCCACAAUGGUGGAACCUGUUUGCCUGAUGAUGGAACCUAUGUCUGUCAAUGUCCUUCUGGCUAUGCUGGCAGACAUUGUGAGACUGCUUGCAACCAAGAUGCUGAUGUAAUUUUCUUGUUGGAUUCAUCUGGAAGUGUAUCUAGAGAUGAGUUCCGGCAGAUGAAGGAAUUUGUGAUAUCUAUCUCUGAGAAAUUCUCAAUCGGUUACACCAAGACAAGAAUUGGAGCAGCAGCAUACAGUUCCAAAGCAUUCCUUGGCUUCAACUUGAAUACUUUUAAUUCUGCUAACAAACUUCGCAAUGCCCUUUCUUCUCUUCCAUACAUUUAUGGCAACACCAACAUUGCAGCUGGCUUGCAACUGGUCAGAAACAGAAUGUUACACUAUAAGGCUGGAGACCGACCGCAAAUACAGAACUUUGUUAUUGUCCUGACGAAUGGUCGAUCAAACAUUAACAGCAUAAUGACCAUCCCUGAGGCAGAGAAACUUAAGAAACAUGCCCAUGUGUACACAAUUGCCAUUGGCAGCUUUGAUAACUCAGAAGUUAAAGAUAUUGCAAGUGCACCAGCUGCUCUCAAUGCUUUCACUGUUCCUGAUUAUGAAUCUUUAUUUCAAAUUACAGACAGAAUUGUUGGAACAAUCUGCCAAACCUCCACACCAUGUGAUGAUAACCCUUGCCAAAAUGGAGGCAUAUGUGUACCUAGCAUUACAACCUACACAUGUGAGUGCAUCCUGGGGUACACAGGAAAAAAUUGUGAAAGACGUUGUGACCCUAAGAAAGACAUUGCGUUUAUUGUGGAUUCCUCAAGCAGCAUUGGAGCAGAGAAUUUCAAUCGUAUUCUCACAUUUGUCAGCAACCUGGUGGCUGAUCUAUCACAUGAGAAUAGUAAUAUUAGAUAUGCUUUGAUUACAUACAACACCGACGGAACUCUAGUCUUCAGGUUUGAUCGUUUCUUUCAUUCCAAACUAGUAAGACAGGUUAUUGAACAGACCGCCUAUUCACCAGGUUCUACCAACAUAGCUGCUGGUUUACGCAAUGCAGUUGAUGUCUUCUCUGAUGGCUAUGGUUCCAGAUCUGAUGCAGAUAACAUUGCCAUUCUCAUCACAGAUGGCUAUUCUAAUAUUGAUGCCCAUCUCACCAUCCCCACAGCUGAUGCUCUUAAAUCUAAAGUCAAGAAAGUGAUUGGUAUUGGUAUUGGCCUGACCAACACAGAUGAGCUAAUGGCCAUUGCUUCAGGAGAGAAUAAUGUCUUUUUGGCUACUGAUUUCAAUAGCUUACAGCAAAUUCAGUCAGAAGUGCUGGCAAGCACUUGUGAAGGAGAUGACAAAGUGGAGAUGGAGCUCCCAGAAGUAAUACCAGAUAUUGAGAAAGAACCCAUUAAGAUAGAAGUUGCCUAA